ACACCGGAAAGCUGGGGGAGGUGCUCGGGGCCGCUGAGGGCGGAGGGCGGUGGCAGCGCUGGCGCUGGAGACCGGCUCGGUGGUUUCGGGAAGCAGAUCGGCGACGGCUGCCGCUCGCGUAGCUCCGCAUCCCGCCCUCGGCACGGCUCGCAGCCCCCUUGCCACCGGCGUCCGACAAUGUGUCCCACCGGCCCGGCGUAGCCGCUGCGCGUGCGCGGAACCGUGGGGCCAUGAGCGAAGCCGGCGGCGGCCGGGGCUGUGGGUCCUCGGUCCCCCAGCGAGCGCCAUGGAGCCUGGUGGCGGCGACGGCCGCGUUCUGCCUGGUGUCGGCCACGUCCGUGUGGACGGCGGGUGCCGCGCCCAUGAGUAGGGAGGAGAGACAGAAGCUUGGGAAUCAAGUACUGGAGAUGUUUGAUCAUGCUUAUGGUAACUAUAUGGAACAUGCUUACCCAGCUGAUGAACUCAUGCCUUUAACCUGUAGAGGUCGUGUUAGAGGCCAGGAGCCAAGUCGGGGUGAUGUUGAUGACGCCUUGGGAAAAUUUUCCCUGACACUGAUUGAUUCUUUGGACACUCUUGUGGUAUUAAAUAAAACUAAAGAAUUUGAAGAUGCGGUGAGAAAAGUUUUAAGAGAUGUUAAUUUAGAUAAUGAUGUAGUUGUAUCAGUCUUUGAAACAAACAUCAGAGUUCUUGGGGGUCUUUUGGGUGGACACUCAUUGGCAAUCAUGCUGAAAGAAAAAGGCGAGUACAUGCAGUGGUACAAUGAUGAACUUCUCCAAAUGGCAAAGCAAUUGGGUUACAAACUUUUACCAGCUUUCAAUACUACCAGUGGCCUUCCUUAUCCAAGAAUUAAUUUAAAGUUUGGUGUCAGAAAACCAGAAGCUCGAACAGGAACUGAGACAGAUACCUGUACAGCUUGUGCGGGUACCUUGAUCCUUGAGUUUGCCGCCUUAAGUCGAUUCACAGGAGCAACAAUAUUUGAGGAAUAUGCAAGAAAAGCUCUUGAUUUUCUCUGGGAAAAAAGACAGCGAAGUAGUAACUUAGUGGGUGUGACUAUAAAUAUUCAUACUGGAGAUUGGGUAAGAAAAGAUAGUGGAGUUGGAGCAGGGAUUGAUUCAUAUUAUGAAUAUCUGUUGAAAGCCUAUGUCUUGCUUGGAGAUGACAGUUUUCUGGAAAGAUUUAAUACACACUACGAUGCCAUCAUGAGGUACAUUAGCCAGCCACCUCUUCUGCUUGAUGUGCAUAUCCACAAGCCAAUGCUGAAUGCUCGAACUUGGAUGGAUGCUUUGCUCGCCUUUUUUCCAGGUUUGCAGGUCUUAAAGGGGGAUAUUAGACCUGCUAUUGAAACUCAUGAAAUGUUAUAUCAGGUGAUUAAAAAACAUAAUUUCCUACCAGAGGCAUUCACCACAGAUUUCAGGGUACAUUGGGCUCAACAUCCUUUAAGACCAGAAUUUGCAGAAAGUACCUACUUCUUGUAUAAAGCUACAGGAGAUCCUUACUACCUUGAAGUAGGGAAAACACUUAUUGAAAAUUUAAAUAAAUAUGCUAGAGUGCCUUGCGGAUUUGCUGCCAUGAAGGAUGUUCGUACUGGAAGUCAUGAGGACAGAAUGGAUUCUUUCUUCUUGGCUGAGAUGUUUAAAUAUCUUUACCUGUUAUUUGCGGAUAAAGAAGACAUUAUUUUUGACAUAGAAGAUUACAUCUUUACAACAGAAGCUCAUCUGUUACCUCUUUGGCUCUCUACUACAAAUCAAAGCAUCUCUAAGAAGAAUACAACCUCAGAAUAUACAGAACUGGAUGACAGUAAUUUUGAUUGGACUUGUCCAAACACUCAGAUUCUCUUCCCUAAUGACCCACUGUAUGCUCAGAGCAUUCGUGAACCCUUGAAAAAUGUGGUGGAUAAGAGCUGUCCUAGAGGCAUCAUCAGAGUCAGAGAGGAGAGUUUCAGGAGUGGAGCUAAACCCCCUCUGAGAGCCAGAGAUUUCAUGGCCACUAACCCUGAACAUUUAGAAAUCUUGAAGAAGAUGGGGGUGAGUUUGAUUCACCUCAAAGAUGGGAGAGUCCAGUUGGUUCAACAUGCAAUCCAAGCUGCUAGUUCAAUUGAUGCUGAAGAUGGGUUGAGGUUCAUGCAGGAGAUGAUUGAACUCUCAAGUCAGCAACAAAAAGAACAGCAGCUACCUCCACGAGCUGUACAAAUUGUUUCCCACCCAUUUUUUGGCAGGGUAGUGUUGACUGCUGGACCAGCUCAGUUUGGGCUAGAUCUGUCUAAACAUAAAGAGACAAGAGGAUUUGUUGCAAGCAGUAAACCAUAUAAUGGUUGUUCAGAGCUUACUAACCCUGAGGCAGUGAUGGGAAAAAUCGCUCUGAUACAAAGAGGACAGUGCAUGUUUGCAGAAAAGGCACGCAACAUUCAGAAUGCUGGUGCCAUUGGUGGCAUUGUUAUUGAUGACAAUGAGGGGAGCAGCAGUGAUACUGCCCCUCUGUUCCAGAUGGCAGGUGAUGGAAAAGACACAGAUGACAUCAAGAUCCCCAUGCUAUUCUUAUUCAGUAAAGAAGGAAGUAUCAUACUGGAUGCCAUCCGGGAGUAUGAGGAGGUGGAAGUGCUCCUUUCUGACAAAGCAAAAGAUAGAGCAGCAAUAUUAAAAGGUAAAAUGAUUCCAAGCUACAUUAUUAAUAGUAAUCCUGAAAUGGAAAACGAAGAACAACCAUCCUCUGAAAAUGACUCUCAGAAUCAGAGUGCUGAACAGAUUACAUCAAGUUCUCAGGAGGUUGAUUUGGUUGAUCAAGAGUCUCCUGAGGAAAGUUUUCUAAAUUCGCAACCAGAAUCAUCAUCUCCCGCAGAUACGGACAAUGCUGCAAGUGUUUCUGCUUCUGAACAGAAUUCUAACCCCAUGGAAAACCACGAGACUACAAGUCUUGAUGGUGAAUGUACAGAUUUAGAUAACCAACUUCAAGAACAAUCAGAAACUGAGGAAGAUUCCAGUCCUAAUGUUAGCUGGGGUAAAAAGGUCCAGCCUAUAGACUCCAUAUUAGCAGACUGGAAUGAAGAUAUAGAAGCAUUUGAAAUGAUGGAGAAAGAUGAACUAUGACUCACUAAAGAAUCUGGUGGUAGGUAUUUAAAAAGAAAAGGCAAACUGUGGUUCAUAGACAUCCAGAUACUAAGCAGGCUCUCUAAUGGGAGUCUUUAAGUAUGGUGAUGAGCAACCACGUUCUGACUGAGAUAGUUAUCAUAGGAAUCUGGAGCAUGCUGUGUUAGAAUUGACCUUGCUUAAAACUGUCCCAUUCAAAAUGGAAACUCACAGCCCCUCCCCCACCCUGACCCCCACCCUGUGACAGCAUCGCACCACCCUGCAGCACCUCAGGCCAGGAAAAGAUUGCUGGGCAUUCCUAGGAACCAGAUUUCUGCAGUCUCUGGAUAGACCAGAAACAAAUUCAGUUAAUGGUGGAGAACAGGUAUUUUGUAUAGCUUUCUAAUUAAAGGAAGUGCGGCUUUCUUGGUUUUGGGGUUAGAGGCUCUUUGGGGAAAAGACAUAUGAGUAUUGUGGGCAUUCUGGUUAUGCUGCCUUCACAAAAACACUCAAAGUGACCUAAGUGGUUAUGAAGCAAAUGCAUUUAUGGGGAAAACAGCCUUUGCUCAUCACUUUCACUUGCUUCAUUGUGUAACAAAUGAUCAAGAUGACUUGAUUUUUUUUCUCUCUUAACAAUGUCCUUUUCAUUUAAACCAAAGGUGAAGCCAGUGUACUUUCUCAGUGAGUUCUUUGCAUAAAGAUUAAUCAUUGGGACCAGGUAAAAAGGUCAUAUAUUAUGGAAAUUGGUUACUUAAUACUUACGAAAAAUGGAACAAGGGAGAAACUAUAAAGUAAUAUGAACUUGCCAUUGGGCCUUCCGUAGGGAAAGCCGUGACUACUCUGAAAUGGAACUUAAAGUUGUAUCCUUGUCGGGUAAAUUAUAAAUCUUGUCCAGUUCAUUUCUCUUAGAGGUGAUUACCUCUAGCCAUCAGCCUUACUCCAUCCCAUGUUUAGUAUGCAAUUUGAGCCACAAGGGCCAUAUCGCCAAUAGCUGAAUACAUUUUGUUCCAUUUUUCUAUCUUAGGGAGCCAUAAUAAAACUGUGGUAGUGAUCUAAAAAUCCUAGGGAAACAACUGUUUUUCAUCUUUGAAACUAUGGUUUCUAAAGAUGCACCUAGGGAGUCUGUCACAUUUUCUGUUGAAUCAUGGUUUUUAAAGAUUUUUUUUAAACUUUUUUUUAACAGAUAUUCCUUCUGACAUGGACUUGAAAAUUAAUCUAUGGUAACCUGUGUAAGAAACUUACACAGUAGCAACUAACAUAUAGCCAUAUAGCUUAAUGAGAAUUUAUUUUCCUUUUUUUUUUUUGGUGGCAGUCUGGUGCUGGCCACAUUUAAGUUUUAAAAACUGUUGUUGAUAUCCUGUAGACAGCCCUGUAGUUGAAAUCAUGUUUUUACUCAUUUUAUUUAUUUUUUAAAACUUAAUCAGUUCUAAAGGAAUAUUUGUGAGACUUAAUUUUCUUUCUCUUUACCGUGACAUUACAUAAUAAUCUUUUCUUAAAACACGGUUUUGAGGUACUGAUGAACUUAAACUGUAUAUGGAGCUGUUAAAAGAGCAGUGCUGUAUUGUAGUUAUGUAUAUUCAUGUACAGUAUGUCUUAGAUCCCAGGUAAACAUAUUCUUUUAUAAGGGGAUAAAUAGCUGCUUUCAAAAAUUCCAGCUAAAUGUAAUUGGGUCAAUGAGUAAUAAAACUAAUAGAGAAUUCACUAUUUGGGGGGGAGGGUGGGCAAAAGUAGUAGUAUAAGACCUUUAUUGGCCCUUAAUUAAACCUGACACUAAAAUGGAUAUUUUAGUCUUUUUGCAUGUGAAAUUUGGUGUAAGAAGAUAGAACUAUAAUGCAUACAGUAUACGGAAGGAUAGACAUAGUGCUUUGUUCAUAUUAAUUGCAAAGCUGCCAAAAUAGCUGAAGCUUAAUUACUUGCCUUGAUUUAUAGGACUGGGGCUUGGAGAAAAGGAGCAGAUGUUCCUCUAAGACUUUGAUUACAGAAGCCUUAUAUACAUUGAUUUGAUUUUGUGUUUGUAACUCAGAGCCAUUGUUGUCUAAAUCCAACUUUUCUAAGUUAAUCAAAACCACAUGAGUUUUUUGCCAGUGAAGAUCUCAUGGUAUACGAGAGCCAGCUUAUUACUCUCCCUGCCUUUGGCCGGUAGGGGGGGUUGUUGCCAUUCACUGAAGUCUAGAAGCAAAAUGUUCACUUUUUUAGAAACGUGCAUCCUUUAAAAAAAAAAAAAGAGGCAAAAAAUUUAACAAGUUAUACUUAACACCCAGAAGGAAUCAUACUUGAUUUUUCCCUAGUUAAGAAGGUGUAAUGUUCAGCUUCAAAACUCUUAACAUUAUCAUUAACUCUAUACAUUCUUAUUUGACUUACUGCCAUGAAGUUAUUUUUGAGUUCAUUAAACAAUUCCAACAGCAUUAGGUGUUUUUUUUUUUUAAUAUUUUGUUUUUAAAAUACCUUUGAUAGACAUUUUAUUUACUUCCUAAAUAUUCAGGGGAUUCUGUGAGAUCCUGAAUUUUAGAAACAUCUGGUCUACCUCAGUUAAAUGUUGACUGCAUAGAAACAGAGCUGAAGUGAUCACCACAGCCAUAAAAUUGUUUGACUAAGAAGGAUUUAUACAAUGUUUACAAACGUGUAAUCAAGUAAGGAUUUUAUCUGAAAAUGAAAAGUUAGAUAUUAGAGCAAGUAUUUAAUUCAGGUAUUUUCAAGUUUUAAAACUUAACUUGUUUACCUACUAAAAAAUAGCUGUAGUUUUUUCUGCUCAUGAAAGUCCAUUGAAAUGAUAACGCCCUAAUUUGCAAUAAUUUUUCCAUAAAUUUGUAAGUGUGACAGAAUUGUAAUUUACUGGAUAUGUUUAGGAUGGGAUAUUUUGUUGGGUAGGUGGUUUUUAUUUUUCUUUUUAACCUUUAAUAGGCUUCCAACAAGAAUACAAUUCUUGUUUCAGAACAAAUUGUUUUUUGACAUUAUACUUUCCCCUUUUUCUUCACAGUAUUAAUAAAAUGAAAAAUUUUGCGCUCUCUGAUUUUAAUUUCUAAUAUAAUUAUUCUUUUGAGAAUUUUUUAAAAAUUUGAAUUACCAUCAUAGCCCUUUUUACAAUAAAACCAGCAUUUGUUCUCUCACCAAACCCCAUGCCAGAUUCAUCGUAAAGGAAGCUCAGCAUAAGUAAUUCAGGUAGUGCUUAUAAUUUUGGAGGUAGGGGGUGGAGGGGAGCUGAUUUAGUAAAUAUUCCAACUGGUCGUUUUAUGCACAAGGCUUCAGUCAGAACAUAGAAAAAAAAACAUUCUGUGAAUGAAAUAUUGUAUGUUCAGAUUUUAUAAAAGACAUUUUUAAAAGCCCAAUUUACAGCCGUAUAUUUUCUUAUGAUGUAAUUUAUGAAAAAGAUGUCUGUACUAACAGGUGCUGUAACACUACUGUUGUUGGAUUUUAUUGUUUGGUGAUAAAUGUAUACAAUAUUUCUAAGGGAAACUCUGUACUGUGAUGUAAAAGUCUGGGCAAAAUGUAUAUAAUCCUUGUAUAUAAUUGUAUUUGAUUAUAAUUACUGAUUGUAAAGAUUUAAUAAAAUAUGUAAAUAUUC